CGGGGCGGGGCGGGGCCGCCAAACCGAAAGCGAAAGGGCCGGGAGGAAGCAGGCGCGGGGCCGCGGGCCGGUGGGGCGGCCUCGGUGCGCGGUCGGACUGGGCUUCCCCCGGGCUCCCGCUGCCGCCGGGGCCGGGGCUCGGGCUCGACCUGCCGCCGUUGUGCCGCCAGCGCCGCCGAGAUGGAGUCGCCAGAGGUGUCCUUCGUCCAGCUGCCCCCCAUCGAGGGCCCGGAGGACGCCUUCCCGGAGGCGACCCCCGAGCAGGUCCGGCAGGAGAUCGAGCGCUGCCAGCAACUUUGUAGUGCUCUGGAGCAAGAUUCUGUGAAGCUACAAAUGGCCAAGGAAGCUGCGGAGCAAAGGGCAAGAGAGCUGAGGAAGGAGAGAGAAUUUCUCCAUAAAAAUUUUGAGCAACAAAUGUCUUUAAACAGAGUCGAAGAGACAACCUGCCAGGCAGGUGCUUUUUUAGCAGAGGAGAACAACAGACUGAGGCUGGAGAAGCAGGUGCUGCAAAAGAAACUGGAAGAAGGGAGGAAGAAGGUUCUCUGGGAGGAUCCCCUGACGAUGCUGCGUACCUUGCCCGAGAAGAAAAUGGUGUUUAAGGGACUUGUGACACACAAGGAGGACAUGAACAAACUGAUGCUCACCCCAUGGAUCUACUAUCCUCUGCUGGGGGGCUCAGCUCUCAUCACCUUUGAGAAGGCAGAGGUGGCUCAGAGGAUCAUAAUGGUGAAGGAGCAUGUGGUGGAGCUGAGCUACGGGGAGGAGCUGGAGGACCUCGACCAGUGCAGAGUGCGAGUGCAGGCAGCACCAGUGGACAUACUGCUGCCGUCUGCCCUGGAGAUUGGGCUGUCUCGGAGCAGCAGGAGUAUCCUUGUGUCUGACCUGCCCAGCUUGGGCAUCCCCGAGGAGGCACUGCUGGACAAGCUGGAGCUCUUCUUCAGCAAGAGGAAGAAUGGGGGUGGCGAGGUGGAGAGCAGGGAGUUCCUGGAUAACUCCAGCCAGGUGGUGCUGACCUUCGUGCAGGACGGAGUGGCAGAGCCACUAAUUGCAAAAGGACACAUCGAGGUGCUUAUUGGGAAAGGAAAAUACGAGCUCAAAAUAUCACCGUGCAUCAGCGGAGACAUCACUAACCUGCAGUUCCAGCCCUCCCGUUGCCCCAGGACCGUGCUGCUCUCGGGGAUCCCAGACGUGCUGGGUGAGGACCCCAUGAGGGACACCCUGGAGAUCCACUUCCAGAAGACCAGCCGCGGUGGGGGAGAGGUGGACGCCCUCGCCUACGUCCCUGCGGGGCGGCAAGGCGUGGCUGUUUUCGUGGAGGACGCGGGCUAGCCCCGGCAGCCCGUGCGGGGGCGGCCGGUGCCGCCUGGGCGCAGCGCGGAUUAAAGCGUCUCCAGCGA